AUGCCAACAAUAACUGAUACUGGCGUAGGUCCAGUUUUUGUGACUUUGUGUACUUUGAAUGAUAACACGACAAGAUAUCUUAUCGUAGUUAAUCAAUAUGAUGGAACUAUCAGCGUGCUGAAUGUUAAUGAAGAUGGAACAUUGGAUUUUCUGAUCGACUAUACAGUUGGUUAUGGACCAAUUUCUGCUUUGUGUGGAUAUUUUGAUAAUAAUUCGGUUAUUGAUGUGGCAGUGUUGAAUAAUCUCGACGGCAAUGUGUUCAUAUUGCUUAAUUUUCAAGACGACACGUUUGAAUAUGAAGAUUGGGUUUUUGUUGGUACCGAUCCAAUCGCCAUGAUAUCUGCUGAUUUUAAUAAUGAUUUGAAAUUGGAUUUGGUAGUUGUCAAUCAAGGUGACAACAAUAUCGGUGUACUGAUUGGCAAUGUAGAUGGAGGUUUUCCGACACAAGUGAUCUAUGAUGUUGGAAACCAACCAACCUUUGUGGUAUCGGGAGACUUUAAUAAUGAUAAGAAAUUGGACUUGGCAGUAUCUAAUAGUGGCAGCUCUUUCAUUAGUGUUUUGUUUGGUGAUGAAAAUGGAGGAUUCCAGACUCAAGUAAGUUGUGAAGUUGGUAAUGGUACAAAUAUUUUGGCAGUGGCAGAUUUAAAUAACGAUGGUAUCUUGGACUUGGUAGCAACUGUUUCGGAUGAUUCUACUGUUAACGUACUAUUGGGCAAUCGUAAUGGAAGUUUUCAGAGUGGAGUAAAAUAUCAAAUCGGCACUAAUCCAACUUAUAUGAUAGCUGCUGAUUUCAACAAUGAUAGCAGACCAGAUCUUGCAUUAACGAAUCCAAAUGACAACACAAUCAGGAUACUAAUAAACUAUGGAAAUGGAACAUUUCAAACUCAAGUCAAGUAUGCUACUGAAAAGAACCCAGUAUUUCUCAUAUCGGAUACUUUUAACGAAGAUAAGAUUUUGGAUCUGUUAGUGGUUAACUACCAAGCAAACAGUAUCAGUUUGGUGAUAGGCAAUGGAGAUGGAACCUUUCGUGCUCGAAUACCAUUUAUGCUUUCCUACAACGCAACCAAUAUGGCAGCUGGUGACUUCAACAAGGACAACAGAACAGAUCUAGUAGUGACUAACGUAAAUGAUCAAAGUGUUAGUAUAUUACUGACUACUAAGGACAAUAUCUUAGAAAAUCUAGGUACAUAUCAAAGUGGAGUCUUGCCAACAUUCGUGAUUGUGAAUGAUUUCAACAGUGAUACUAAAUUAGAUUUGGUAGUCGUUAAUCAAAAAGACAACAGUGUAAGCGUGUUGCUCGGUAAUGGCGACGGUACGUUUCGAAAUCAAAGUUCCUUUCGCACUGGUACACGGCCAGUUUCUGUAGUAUCAGGCGAUUUCGACAACGAUAAAAAAGUGGACCUGGCAGUGGCUAACUUAGGUAAUCGAAGUAUUAGUGUGUUAUUAGGUUAUGGAAAUGGCACCUUUCAAUCUCAACGAUUUUAUAAGACUGGAAAGAGUCCAAGUUCUGUGAUAGCGCUUGAUUUAAACAGUGAUAAAAUUACUGAUCUAA